CCACGUUUGGUCCUUUCCGAAGAGUCGUUCUUUCUCAUCAUCUGAAAGAGUUUCGAUCUCGAGACAAACCCUUUUUAGGGUUCCUCCUUCCUCCUCACCGGAUUCCCCCUGUGAUUUCGAGAUGAAGCUCACGGUUAAGACCCUGAAGGGAAGCCAUUUCCAGAUCGAUGUCCAGCCCAGUGACACGGUUAUGGCAGUGAAAAAGAAUAUUGAGGAGGCUCAAGGAAAAGAGAGCUAUCCAUGUGGUCUGCAGUUACUGAUUUAUAGUGGAAAGGUUUUAAAAGAUGAAAGCACAUUGGAAGAGAAUAACAUCAAUGAAGAAGGUUUUCUUGUUGUCAUGCUCAGUAAGAACAAAUCUUCUGGUUCAGCAGGAUCCUCAGCUGCUACCCAGCCUUCAACUGCUGUUCCAUCCAAUCAACCUGCUAUUGUUGACACCCCCUCACAAGCGCCGGCCUCAGCUGAUGUUGCAAAUACCAUUGAAGGAACAACAACAAGUGGAUCUUCUAAUGCUUAUGGUCAAGCUGCAUCCAACAUAGUUGCAGGGAGUAACAUUGAGCCAAUGGUUCAACAUUUGAUGGAUAUGGGUGGUGGCAAUUGGGACAAAGAAACAGUUCAACGUGCACUCCGUGCUGCUUACAAUAACCCAGAACGUGCUGUGGAGUACUUGUAUUCUGGCAUUCCUGCGGCAGCAGAGGUUGCGAUUCCAGCUGCAACCAACCCUCUUAACCAGUCUGGUCUAGGUGGAAACCCAACUGAUGCGGGUAUUACCGGAUUGCCAAAUUCUUCUCCACUGGAUAUGUUUCCACAGGGGGCUCAAAAUACGGGUGUGGGUGCUGGAGGUGGUGCUCUUGAAUUUCUAAGAAAUAAUCAACAGUUCCAGGCAUUGCGUGCAAUGGUGCAAGCAAAUCCACAAAUUUUACAGCCAAUGCUACAAGAGCUAGCCAAACAAAACCCUCAUCUUCUAAGAUUGAUUCAAGAGCAUCAUGCCGAGUUUCUACAGUUAAUAAAUGAACCUGUUGAAGGUGUUGAAGGGGAUUUGUUUGAUCAACCGGAGCAGGAGAUGGCCAACACAAUUAGUGUGACCCCUUCGGAGCAAGCUGCUAUUGAAAGGCUUGAAGCAAUGGGAUUUGAUCGACCUCGGGUGAUUGAAGCAUUCUUAGCGUGUGACAGGGAUGAGCAGUUAGCAGCAAACUAUUUAUUGGAACAUGCUGGUGAUGAGGAUUAAGUUAAAAACUCUUGACUGCGUCCCUCAAAUCAGGUGCCCAGUCAGUUCUAGUUCUGAUUUCUUUGAAGAUGAUAUUCAUGUUAUGAGUUUGGAAGGACUUGAUCUGCCGGCAACUGCAAAGUUGAAGACUGGCUUUUACUCACAUUUCUGGAGAUGUGAUCAAAGCUUGCUUGAAUCGCUUUAAUGCAUAUGGUUUGGUAACUGUGGUCCGUGUCCUGUAAGAGUCUUGCCCUUGCCUCGUAUUUUGCUUAUUGACAACUCAUAAAGAUCCCUCAAUAUUCCAGAGCUUAAACUGCUGUUCUUCAUGCGUUCUAACUGUAUUGAUGCUCCUUGUUCUUGCUGCUAUUUGGUCAGUCCCUCUGAUAUAUAUAUAUAUAUCCAUUAAAGCUCUGUUUCAUGGUUGCAAUGCUUUAGGAGCAGAGUCUUAUAAGUUGUCUUUCUUGUGCCUUCUAAACUCUUUUUUGUUUAAUCAAUAAGUUGAAUAACAAUGGCUGAUCUUUUCAUGAAAUUGCUGCAGUUGCUUUU